UAUUCAGCUGGGGGAGGACAUGUUGAACCUGUUGGGGGAAAUAUGGCUAGAAAUCAAGUCAUAAUUCGGGGGUUCAGCGCAAGGACUCAUCAAUCGUACCCCCUGAACAUCCAAAGGACACAAUAGAGAGUAAGUGUAACAUUUUGAGGGGAAUACAGACAACGAAAAACAUAAAGAUCGGAGUUUAACCGAAGUGUCGUGUUAGCUGAAAAUAGUGUUACCAUUUUUACCGCUGUUUGCUGUACCAAACUAUUGUUUGAAUCGCAGUUGGAAAUGCCUAAUAUCUCGGCGACGGAGAAAAUAACACAAAGAAAUGUCUUCACAAGAGAGCUGUCAGACGCACUUUGGGUCUCAAACCAGUGCCUUCUCCAGUGUCAAGAAGCAACGAGUCGAAAGCAAAGACCGGAAAUAUGAUAGGAAUGCAAACCCGAACACGGACAGCCAGCAGAGACCAAGUAGGAAUCCACUAACAUUAGUGACUCCUACAGUAGUGGCUGUUCCUAGAACUAGUAAAUUCACUAUCAAUAAAAAUGUACCAGUAACACCAUCAAAGAGCUUUGUCAGGGCAUCAACGAUAACUCUCCUUGAUACCUAUCAAAAGUGUGGAUUGAAACGUAAAAGUGAAGAGCUCGACAAUAGUGGGCAAGAACAGUAUGUUGCACUGACCACCGCAACCACUUCUAUAACAGCCAAUGCUAGUAGUGGGCAUAAUAAAGUCGCAACAUCCACGGCAACAACAGCCAAUGCUGGUAGUGGACAUAAAACAGUCGCAACAUCUACAGCAACAACAUCAAAAAACAGCUCGUCAAAUAGUGAAGGAGACUACCAGUUGGUGCAACAUGAAGUUCUUUAUUCACAAACUAACCGAUAUGAAGUCCUAGAAUUCUUAGGUCGGGGAACAUUUGGACAAGUGGUGAAAGCUUGGAAAAGAGGAACCAAUGAGAUUGUAGCGAUAAAGAUCCUGAAAAACCAUCCAUCAUAUGCCCGCCAAGGACAAAUUGAAGUUAGUAUUCUUGCAAGACUGAGUGCUGAGAAUGCUGAUGAGUUCAACUUUGUACGAGCCUAUGAGUGUUUUCAGCAUAAGAACCACACAUGUUUGGUGUUUGAAAUGCUGGAACAGAACCUAUAUGAUUUUCUAAAACAAAGUAAAUUUAGUCCGAUGCCGCUGAAAUAUAUCCGGCCAGUAACACAACAGGUGCUUGUAGCUUUACUGAAAUUAAAAAACCUGGGCCUUAUACAUGCAGACUUGAAACCUGAAAACAUCAUGUUAGUCGACCCGCUCAGGCAACCAUAUAGAGUCAAAGUCAUUGACUUUGGUUCUGCAAGUCAUGUUUCAAAAGCAGUUUGUUCAACUUAUCUCCAGUCAAGAUAUUACAGAGCUCCAGAAAUCAUUCUUGGUUUGCCAUUCUGUGAAGCAAUCGAUAUGUGGUCUUUAGGCUGUGUUAUAGCAGAAUUAUUUUUAGGUUGGCCUCUGUAUCCAGGAUCAUCCGAGUAUGACCAGAUUCGCUACAUUUCACAAACACAAGGCUUGCCUGCAGAACACCUUCUGAGUAAAGCAACGAAAACAACCAGAUUUUUCAGACGAGACAUUAAUAAUGAUUACCCAUUGUGGAGAAUUAAGACACCCAAUGAACAUGAAUCAGAAACACAUAUCAAAUCCAAGGAAGCCCGUAAAUAUAUCUUCAACUGCCUGGAUGACAUGGUGAAUGUCAAUUUUCCUAAUGAUCUUGAGGGCAGUGAACUGCUGGCUGAGAAAGCUGACAGACGGGAAUUUAUAGACUUGUUGAAGAGGAUGCUGACCAUUGAUGCAGACCAAAGAAUCAAUCCGGCCGAAGCCUUGAAUCAUCCAUUUAUAGCAUUAUCUCACUUAGCUGAAUAUGGUCAUUGUCAUGUGGUGAAACAAUCGGUACAGCAUAUGGAAGUGUGUCGUAGACCAGUACAUAUAUAUGACAACAUCAAUACUACAAGUAGCACAUAUACUAACUUUGUGCCUUCAGCUGUGGGCAAUCUCAAUAUUACAUUCAAUAACCAAAUAAAUGCAUUACAUAACCAGGCCACCACUACUCAAAGUAUCAGUACCACUCGACCAGGGAAUCCAGACUUCCCUUUUCUACAGUAUCAUCUACAGUCGGGACCUUACUUUCCAUACCAACCACCACAGGUUGCUCAGCGACUGAGUCAACAAUUACCACAGCCAGUACAACAACCGAGAAAUGGAAGUCAGUACCCUAGGCCUGAUCCUUUUCAGCAGUCCCUGGGAAUGUCAUCCUUUGUUUGUCCGCCCACUUAUCAAGGAGUUCCAUCACCAACGAAACAUCCUUAUCCUGUCAGAGUAGACAAUCCGGUUCCUAUGGUAACUCAAGCACAUCACACAAUACAAAUACAACCACAAGUAUUCACGCAGACUUCCACGUUGCAGAACAGACAUAACACGCCAGUAUUAGCAGCACAUGUGGGUCCACCUCCACCACAGCCUCAACCGCAACACAUUACACUACCAAUGUCUCUUGGCAGUUCAACUGGUACACCAGGGUGGGCUCCGGGAUUUGUAGAACAAAACGGAGCUAGGGUUCAGAAUGGAACUGUAUACCUAACAAAUGCCCCGGUAAACUCAUGGCCUCCAAACAGACAGCUGUUCCUAUCACCAUGGCAACAGGGAGCUUCGGCUGUACAACAACCGGUCAUUCCAGAAACCAUGGCUGCCACCCAGCCGAUCAACGAAACGUGGAGACGGUCGUUUGUGACAGCAGCCCCAGUGACCUGGCGUGGCUCAGAGGACACUGGCUAUAUAUCAGCCGAGCAGAGCCCAGCUUUGUUCCAGAUGGAUAUUGCCGAUGCCAGCCUGUAUGAUCAUUUUGUUGACGCCAAUGGGAGGCCACAGUUCAGUACUGCUUAUCAUCCUAGCUCAAGUCAUGUGACACCCAUGGUUGCCCUGGCAACUCAGCAACAUCACCACCAAGCGCCGUGGAAUCUUGGUUUGGUUCGACAGCAAAGUUUGAUAUCUCAACGUCAAAGGUCACACCAUUCAUCACGGAAAAACAAUCCCAAAGCAACGUCUACACGAACAUCAUCAAUGAUAAAUAGCUUAUCACCACAGAAAAACAAAAGAGUUAAGGAAAACACACCACCUGUUGUUCAACCUCUAGUGACAACCGUUUCAUCUACAUCUAUGAAUCAUAAUCCAUUAUCAGGACAAAGUGGGAAUGCAUUGGUGGAGCCAAGAAGUAAGAUGGUUGGCCUGCAUAAAUCUACGACACAUGUCUCACCUAAAAAUUCAAGUAGUUCGUACAGUAGACAACGUCAAACCAUUGUUAUAGCAGAUUCUCCCAGUCCUGUCAGUAUUAUUACUAUCAGCAGUGACAGUGAAGAUGAAACUGUGACUCAGAAGAGAUGUCAAGAUAAAUCUUGUUCUGCUUGCAACAGCAGUGAUAUGGCUCAUUCCUGCUCCCUGAGUAGUAGCAGUGUACUAAGCAGCAGUCCUGACAGUCGACCACACUCACAGUCGUCAUGUUCAAGUUUCAGUAUAUCACCUCUGAAGGAUGACGUUAUCUCUGUACAUCAACGAAAGAAUGUUAUCAGCUGUGUGACUGUCCAUGAUAGUCCUGAAGGGACACCUGAGAGCAGUCGACUUCUUGCGUUGGACGAUGAUUUGAUUAAAAUAGAAUCUUGUACUAGUGUUGAUCUGGAUGUCAGGUUAGAUUCUAAAUGUCAUACAAAACAGGAAGUAUCCUCUGUGACGGUAGAUACUCCUGUCACUUUAGACAAAUCAGAGGAUGUAGAACGAAAAAUUGAGAUAAUUGAAAAUAAGAAGGUUGCUCAUUUACAUAUGGUAGACAUUGCACCAGAUGAUGGUGGCCCACCUAGUCCUGAGUUUGUCAUGAAAACUGAUCAUUAUGGUAAUACAACCAAUGAGACGCACACAAGAAAUACUAUAGAACAGAAAGAAAUUUCAGUUAGUAUCCAUGACAACAUGAAGCCUUUGAAGACCGAACACCCCACUCAGUUGCCAGAUUCAGGAGUUAAGUUUGUCAAUCUUCCACCUUUAGAAGUUGAUACAUCACCGGGUGCAUUGAGACAGGUUAAAAAUCAAGCCAAAGCUACAAGUUUACCAAAUAUACAUCACAGUCCAACACAUCCACGUCAGCGACCGUCAACUCUCAAUCUGCAGCAGAGCCCUUACCGUCAGAGGCCAACAAUGGUGAACUUUGUGCCAAGACAGCAACCAUUACCAGCUUUGACACAUGCACAGUUAGCUGCUGCAAACCAGCCAUCGCAGACAGUAACUGCUGAUCGCAAUGAACUUUACCGAAGACAGCCACCGUAUGUCUCUCCUACAGUAACCCAGCCUCCAUUCUCCCUUGUUCAUGGAAACCCAUCUCACAAAAUAAAUGCUCACUCACAAGUUCACCAUCCAGUGACAGGGCCACUUGCACCCCACCAGUUUGUCCCAUACCCAUACCCUACUACAGCACAGGGAAUGAACUCACCUCAGGGUGCAGGACUUCCACAGAUUCACCAAAGUCCAAGGCAUGUUCAGUACAAACCCACUUUGCCACCUCAUAUGCAACCUCAAGCAAUGCUGCAGCCUACAGUGCCACAUACUUCUCAGUAUCGUCCUCUCUAUAUCAACUCUCCCACUGCAGGUGUUGCAUAUACAUUGAGCCCCACAAAGACUCGACCAUAUCAGUACCUUUACCAGACAUUUACUGGUGACUGACACCACUUUGAGCAGCCUGUCUAGCACUUACCCACAAUGCAAUGUUACAGGAAGUAAUUGUUGGCCAUAUUGGUUUUUAUGCGGCUGGAAUUCUGAAUAUUAAGAAACUUAUAAUAAUAACAUUUUCUAGAUAUGUUUUGGAAAUAUUAAUCUUAGAUGUAAAUAGUAUAGAAUAUAAAGAAUAUAAUGAUUGUUUUAUUGUGUGUUAUUUAAACACUAAUCCAUAGAAAAAAGGUUAAAUUCUGGUAUUUUAUUCCAAAUAUAAUGCUAUUUUUCAGGGGAUAUUUUGUGGGAUAUUUGAGACUCAAAGUGAUCUUUAGUUGUUGGGGUCACUUUAUGUAUAUGUGGGACAUUGCUAAUUUUUUGCAUUACAGUGUAUAAGUAGGAGCAUUUUUUAAAAAUUAUUGAAUAUUAUACGUUUUGUUAUUUACUUGUGUUGUAUUUUUGGGCAGUAUUAUUGUGACUUUAAAAGCCAGCAUAUAAAUAGAUUUGUGUAUUGUUGUAUACUCACUGUCUGUCAAUUUUCUGAAGAUUGGGCAGCACAUCUAAUGAGUAUUAAUAUAAGGCAUUUCAUUUUAAUUAUCAGACUUCCUUAGUGGUGCACAUUAGGAUCAACCAAAUUUAUUUAUCUCCACCAUUCUUUCUCACUAUUAUCGUUUUUUAAUAAUCAAAUGGUCUUCACAAAUAUACCAAUUUGCUACCCACCUCUG